UGUAUAGAAAGAUACAUAUUUUGUGCCUGGCAUCCAGCUAGUCAUCCGCCAGGUUCAAGAAUCUUAUAGAAGUUCGUUCCUACGUUUGUUGGCUCGUUCAUACAUUCGUUCUACGGGUCUUCAGUGUUCUGUUCCUGUGUUGACUGUGUAUAUAUGGCUAUGGUUUUUCUCCUCUUGCAAGUGUGGCCUGCUGCCUAUAUUCUCCAAAAACACCCAAGCAGUCUUAGUAUAUUACCUUCGAAUACCAGUCGAUUUCACUUCAGUCUUCGUACAGUCUUUGCUUUAACCCGUUCCAAUUCUAUCCGCCGCUCUUGUAACACACAUUUAUUGAAAUAAUAAUAACAUUUAUAUAAAAAGCAUAAAUAAAUAAAAUCUCGGGAAGUAUACAUACGAAAUCCUAACAAACAUCAUCGUAAUUCGAAAAGCAGCAUAUCGCGUCAUCUCUGCUUUUAGUUUCGACUAACCUCUGAGUCAGGCACUUGCUCUAUCUGAUUCGAAUAUAUGAAACUUUGCUUCAACAUUUCUAUCUGUUGUCUGGUCUUGGGACACGCAAACAAGUUUUCGGCAAAGAAGUUUCUCGCUGGCAUUCUGUGUACAAGGUCUCAGCUUAAGAAACCCCGAGCGACCGUAUGAAUCAACACCGACCGCAGAAGUAACGAAGCGACAAAUAACAAAGUUUUAGCGGCAACAAGAAGCAACUCGUAUCGUGUCCACUAAGCUCCCAGUUCUAAUAAUACCUUUAACCAGAAUACGGCUAACAAUAACGGGAACUUCAGCAACAGCACUCGUCCUCCCUCCUCUCGAUUGCGUUAGAAAUAUUAAACGUCAAUAAAUAAGGACUUUGGUGGCUUAAACCAAAGUUGGGUAAACAGCAACUACCUUGAAAGCGCUUCUAGUUUUCGUCUAAUUGAAAAAUAACAAACAAACAAAAAAGUUUCUCGGUGUGUGGUGACUUUUUUUUAGAUAAAUAUAUAUAUUUGUGUAUUGUUAUCGUGCUACACGUAGUGGUGACGUAUAGUGAAUUCUCUUCCAACUAUCUCGCUUGGAACUACUCUCCCUCUCAUCUUGAAACGGCGGCCAUAAACUUUGCGGAAAAUAUAAGUACCGGCACAUCCACCUUCCUCAGCUCCACCCGUUCCUUAGUAACUUGGACACAAUAACAACACUUCAGAUUUGAAAAGAAAGACGAGCCAGAAUCCUCUUCAUCCUUCUUGACCAAGUCAAGAUUCCUUACAACCGAAAAUUCCCAUUGAAAACAGAAAAAAUAAAAAAAAAGUUCUAAUUGUUCCGGAGGAAAGAUAAAAAGGCGACCAACUCGGUGUUCAAUCUUUAUCAGUAUUACUUGGGUAUUCUAAGCAUUGAGAGAAUAUUUAAAAGUUAAACUUAGGCUAGAGCAAGAGGUAACAGGUAACUUGACCUAGAGAAACUAGCGAAAGAUCUAAAAGUUAAAUAAAUUUAUAUUUAUAAGAUAUUGUUAUAUCGUUUUUGUUUUUAAAUGAAAACAGGCCAGAGAAAGUAACGUAAGUUACAGAAAAAGCACUCUAAAUAGGUUAGAAAAGGGAGUUUGAAUUGUAUUGGAAUUUUUCUAUUAAUGAACCUAAAACGAGGAAGCAAAAAGAUACAAUUAGAAAAUCAACAAAAGGCACUUGAAAUUAGAGGCAGUGAAGGUUGUUUCCCAAACUGAUAGAAUUUAAAAGAACAACAAAAGAAAUCGAGUCUUUUGUUAAGAUUGUUAUCGUUUAGUCCAUUUGCAAAAUAAUAAAUUAACCUCAAAUUAUUAUGUCGUUUUGAAUCUUUAAUUUAAUGCGAAUAGUGAAUUUUGUCAGAUACUGCGGGAGACAAACAGACCUAAAACAAAUUGCAAUCAAAAAGACUUGAAAUCGUCAAUCACAUUCUGCACAAUUUUACAGGCACAAAAAAGACAUUUAUUUAAAAUAAAAAAAAGAGAUAUUUAAAAAUCGUAACAUUUUAUUGAAACUUAACGUAAGGAGCAAAAACGGAUAUUAGUUUUAUUAAUAUUUACAACUUCUCUAAAUUAGCGAAAUUCGACAAUCAGGACAGUCGUUGUUUUUUGUACCAAAGAAAUUAACUUCAAAUAUCCAGUUUUGUGCAAUAUUUUUUCGCCCUCGUAUACAAGCUAGGCUAGAAGGGAAAUUAGCUAACAGUGCAAAUUCGUGACCACAAGAUAAAUAUCUUUGCAAACAGGAAACAAGCGAAGCGCGAACUCCAUCUAGAAGUUUUUAAUAUAAAUAAAAGUAUUCUAUAUAUAUGAACAAAUAUAUAUGUAUAUAUAUUUUUGGGUAGAAAUAAAGUUGUAAGUUCGUGAGAAAAUAAAUAUAUAAAAAAUAGGCAAUUACCGUCUACAUAUCAAUCAAAUUUGGAGAAAAAAUAAUUUUAUGAAUAUAUUUUUCAUGUCUUUUUCGAAGUAACUGUGUAAAAAUCGUAGGUAAAUGUGUGAUUUCGUAACAACUUCAGCAUAAAAGCAAACUAGACUAGAGCAAGAGAACAAUCAAAGUCGUGAAAACAGAGUCAAUAAUAAAAAUAUUGAAAAUAAUAAUAAUCAAUGAGAAUUUAAGCAAGUCCUCAAAUUAUUUAAACUUUGUUUUGUUUCAACGACUAUUCGGGAAGCAAACAAUAUAGAACAAUCAUUUAGGGAUAUUGAGUGAAUCAAAGAAAUAAGGAAAUAUACAUAAAACAAUAUAUUUAUAUAUCUAAAAUUAGGGAAUUCUGAGAAAGAGAAACAUCAGACAAUUAUUUCCAUUAUCUCGGUUUUUUUUUCUUACCUUAAGGUAGCGAAAAGGAAUUAAAUAAUCAAAAAAGAUUUAAGAUUACGUGAAUGAAAAUUUAAAAUCUAAAACGAGAAUAAGCGUUUUGACAAUCAAAAGUAUUAGAACUGUAGAAGAAACUGAAACAAUCAAAUCAAUCUUUACAUAUACUUUAUCUAUCUGAAAAUUUUACAAGUUUUUCUAUUCUACCUUAUUCGCUCUCGGAAAAAAUUCAAUUUUUUUCGUCUGCCCUAAUCUUCCUGUAAAAAUAUCAUCGCCGACGCAUGUAGUAGUGCAGGGGAUACUUUCGAAUUUCAAUCUUUGACAAUCUUCUUAGACAAAUCAGUAUAUAAUUAGGUACUCUGUACAAUACAAUAUAUUAUAUAUAAAUAUAUAUACACAUAAAGACGUAGAUACUUUUUUCUCUACACAUUCUAUAUAUACAUUUUAUCUAUUUCUCUAUACUUCAAAAGUAUUUACUGAAAUAUCAAAUACCAUUUAACUUCGACAAGCAGUGAAUUGCGCUAUAGAUAUACAUUCUCUGUCGUAUGUGAUUCUAUCGGAAACAAUCAUCUACACUGGAUAACUGAGUAGCUUAUUAGAUCGUAUCUUAGCGUAUUACUCGGUAUAGAAAUCUAUAAACUCAUCAUAAAACUUAUUCUUAGUACGCGUAGAAAAUUAUCGAGAAGCUGUACAUAUAAUUAAAGAAAAUAUAGAUACUUCUAGGUAAAGUAAAGCCACAUAUGUGGAAGACAACAAUUUUCUAACUGUUUUAGAGUGAAAUAUAGAGUGCAAUUUUGAAUAUUUAUAACUCAAACAGAAAGAAAAAAUAUUUGUUUAUUUUUUAAAAAGUUGGUCGUCUACUGUUUUUCUCUCAAUUAUAACUGAAGACAACAAAAAUCAUACAUAAUUCUAUCCACAACGUAUUUCCAACCGGGCCUCGCAAUUUGCCCCCCCUUUUUGGCUCCUCCUUCACAUCAAUUAACACUUCAAUCUUCAACAACAACAUCAACAUCAUCUUCCUCAUCGCUGCCACCAACUAAUACAAACCUUCAUCAACACUUGAAUCCCAACAAUCCUUCGCUCCUAUCACAUUCUCUGAUUCCCGCAUCAAAUUUCCUCCUUCCAACGACAAACGCGGCCAGUGCUUUAAGCGGACAAGAUCAGUAUCACCCCCACACGGCAGCCGCAACCGCUAACAUUCAGUUGCAACACCAUCAACCCCACCAUAAUCCCGCGUUACCUGCUUUGUGCUAUUGUGGACAUUGUUGCCCGCCGCCAUCACUCGUGGGUGCCGUUACGCCAACGCUGAUACUAAGUCGUUACACGGAAAUUAAUUUGUGUGAUACAAUCUCGUUGAGGAACUAUCAGCAACACCAAGCUCAACAGCAGCAGCAACAACAGCAACAUCAAUUCCAUAAUCAACACCAUCAGCAGCUGAUCAACUCAAGCGGCGUAAACUACGCGACAACACACUCGCUAAACUACAAAGAAAUUAUGAGAGGCAGUGACGAACUUUUAAGUCAAGCAGCAGUCAUGGCACCUGCAUCAGACAAUAACAAUCAAGACCUGGCCACAAAAAAGGCUAAACUAGACUCGAACUCGGUCUUAGGUGGUGUCGGCAAACCAUCAAGAGUCAUUCAUCUGCGAAACAUUCCAUCCGAAUCGGGCGAAGCAGACGUUAUACAAUUGGGCGUACCGUUCGGUCGUGUUACAAAUGUCCUGGUGCUGAAAGGGAAAAAUCAAGCGUUCCUUGAAAUGGCCGAUGAAGUUUCUGCGACCGCAAUGGUUGCAUGUUUCAAUAAUAAUCCACCACAGGUCCGAGGUCGUAUUGUUUAUGUGCAAUUUUCAAAUCAUCGUGAAUUGAAAACAGAUCAAAGUCAUUCGAUUGUGAAUGCGUCAGCUGCACUACAAAACCAAGAUUUUCAAAUACAAUCACCAACAUCCGGUUCACCGUUGCCGGUAACAGAUUCGACAACUACAACAACAUCACAGGGUGUUCUGAACUCCCAAGGGGGUCCAAAUACUGUACUCAGGGUUAUCGUAGAAUCUCUAUUAUAUCCGGUGUCUUUGGAUAUAUUGCAUCAAAUUUUCCAACGUUUUGGAAAAGUACUGAAAAUUGUCACAUUUACAAAAAACAAUUCAUUCCAAGCUCUCAUACAAUAUCCUGAUUCACAAACGGCACAACAUGCCAAGGCUAUAUUAGAUGGACAAAAUAUCUACAAUGGCUGUUGUACAUUGCGAAUUGAUAACAGUAAACUGACAGCUUUAAAUGUGAAAUACAAUAAUGAUAAGUCAAGAGAUUACACAAAUCCCUCAUUACCACCUGGCGAACCUGGAGCUGACAUUAUACCAGGCGCGGGAGGUCUUGUGAACACCAAUGAUUUACUUUUAAUAGCUGCUAGACAACGUCCGGCAUUAACAGGUGAUAGGCUAGUAAAUGGACUAGGUGCUCCCAGCGUUCUGCCGCCAUUCGCGUUAGGCAUCGGUGCCCCGCUAACUGGUGCCUACAACAGCGGCAUACCUAGCUUAGGAGCUUUCGCUCUAGCCAAUACAGGUGCUUUAGGAACGGCAACGCCUGCCCUGCGAGGACUAUCCAAUGUACUACUGGUUUCGAACUUGAAUGAGGAGAUGGUCACGCCUGAUGCUCUAUUUACCCUCUUUGGCGUAUAUGGCGACGUACAGCGUGUAAAAAUUCUAUAUAAUAAAAAGGACUCAGCUUUGAUACAAAUGGCUGAACCACAACAAGCUUAUUUGGCAAUGAAUCAUCUGGAUAAAUUGCGCUUAUGGGGUAAAUCGAUACGUGUUAUGGCGAGUAAACAUCAAGCUGUACAGCUACCGAAAGAAGGACAACCCGAUGCAGGUCUUACACGUGACUACUCACAAAAUCCAUUGCAUCGCUUCAAAAAACCCGGCAGUAAAAACUAUCAAAAUAUCUAUCCGCCAUCAGCGACACUGCAUUUAAGUAACAUUCCAUCAUCCUGUUCCGAAGAAGAUAUCAAAGAAGCAUUCACUAAAAAUGGAUUUGAAGUAAAGGCAUUCAAAUUUUUCCCGAAAGAUCGCAAAAUGGCUUUACUUCAACUUUCGUCGGUCGAAGAAGCAGUCCUGGCUCUCAUCAAAAUGCACAAUCAUCAAUUAUCCGAAUCAAAUCACUUACGCGUAAGCUUCUCGAAAUCAAACAUUUAAAAACAGUGAUAUCGAAUGUAUGUUAUUGUGUAUAAGGAAGUCUACAUAGGAAAACAGGUAGCAGAGAAAAAAACAGUAAUUUCAAAGUGGCGAAAACUGUCACCCGCGCACACCAAACUUAAGUAAUGCGCAACAAGAUACCUACAGCAACAGCAAGAUGAUAAUUGAUUAAGCCUAAAGUAAAUAAGAAGACAUUAUUAUUAUUAAAGUUUAAAUUUAACGUUCUUUGAGUAUGUAUAAAUAAACGCAGCUAAUAUUUUAGAAGAGUUGAGUGAAAUGACACACUCGGACACACAAACGCUCUUAGUCUCAAAUACAACAAAAACACAAAAAUUGAUGAAGUGACAAACCACAAUCUUUCAAAGAAAUCUAAACGAGAAUGGAAUACAUGAAAGCAACUGGGUCAAGCAAAUACAAAUAAACAAUAAUGGAGAUGUUUUUGAAGAUUUUUAUGAAAGAACGGAGAAAAUCAACAAAUCUUAUAUAUAAAAAUGGAAUUAAGUUAAUUAAGAGAGAUCUAAAAAGUAAAAGAAAAUGUUAGGAGUUACACAAUCGUAUAUAAAAAUAUACCUAAUAGGAAUGUGAUGAUUUAAUCAUUGAACUUAUCUAAUUAUAAUUAUAAAACUAGUUAUUACGAAAAGAAGAAUUUUAGCUGGGAAAGAAGAACAACCCUAACAAAAACCAGAGGAGAAUACAGAAGAAACCCAACGAUUCGCAAAUCAUUUAAUCUCCUCAAGAAAGGAAACUAAAUUAAGGACAACCGAGAGACACAAACACAGAAGCACGUGAUACUAUUCUCUUCACCACCUCUACUCUCACAAAGCAUAUCUAACGCUUAGAAAAUGAAGAAAUAGAAAGCAAAUAAAUUUAACUCGUAGUCACAAAACCCCACAAACUUUAUAACUUUGCAACAAACAAAUGAAUUUACCAUUAAAACUUGAUAAAAAUCAUAUAAAUAACACAAAAAGCCCAAGUUCAAAAACUAAAAUCUAUAACGGACAAAAGAGGCAUGUGAACAACUUGAAAGUUUCAACAAAUAUCAUCAUCCAGCCGUGAGGGCUGCAACAAUAAAUAAGCUAUAAUAACAAUCAUAUAUUCGACUCUACAAUAUUUAUUUAAGUACGGGACAUGUGGGAAGAGAACUGCGAACCAGGGAACGUGGAAUGAGCGGGUCAACUUCAAAAUUAUUCCACGUACUUCAAUUCCAAGAUUGGACGGCUUUCUUUCCACAUAACGCACUUAUGUACAAUAGAAGGUAACAAUAGAACUGAAAGAUAAACAACUAAGACACAAACAAACAAAUCUGCAGCAUUAUCCAACACAAAAGAUUCGAAAACGUGCACCUAGUUAGCUAAAACUUUUUUUAUUGUAUUUCUGUUCUAUAAAAUAAUAUUCGUAUAUUUGUAUCGUUAUCACUACUACUUAGAUUUCUUAUUGCAUAUUCGCAAAAGGACACAAAGACAAAGUUUUGAACUUCUCUUUUAAGGUUUAUAAAUAAAAAAUAUAAAUUAGUUUAGAAAUGAAGUGAAAAAACAACAAAUCAAAAUGAUAUGAUUUUUAUUCAAUUUUACAAUUUUAUUACUAUAUUUCUAGUGUUAUCGUUAAUAUGUAAUUAAUGGACGGAAGAGAAAGAUGUUUUUUUUGUGUUUUCCCCUUAAGGUAGCUAUUGAAAUAUAUUUCGUUCGCGUAUGAGUAUUAUUAUUGAUUCAUGAUCUGACGGUGAAGUAGAAUAUCGAUAUCAAACUAUGAGAUACAUUUGACCUAAGAAAGUUUUUCGUAGUUUACAGAAUGUUUGCUAAAAUCGGCAGCAAUUUAAGUUUUUAUUCCUCGAAUUUGUGUUUAUGUUUAAAUUUCCCAGUUGAUAAUUAUUUUUGUUGAAAUGUGUAUUCCCUUACAUACAGACGUAGUGACCAGUUUUUGUAUAGUAUAAGACUAGUCGGUGUUUUAUCAAAAGAAGGAAGAGGGAAUGUGGAGAGUAAAGUAAAAAGGGAAAAGCAGUCUAUGUAUAUUUAAUGAAACUAUGUCAGAACAGGAUGGUUGAAGAUGGAACAUUCAAAUAAAUAUCAAGCAAACAAGAGGAAAAAGUGUGACCUUAAGAGCUUCAAUUCGGUUUUUAUCGGGUAAUUUUUUAAGUUCGAUUUUGUGCACUGAUUUUGAGAAUCAGGCCUUGUUCGGGCACUCAUUCGAAGCAUGCAUUUAACCACUGCAAUGUCUGCAUCUUAUUCAGUGUUUAAGAAAUUUCAUUUCCAAUACUCUCACCAUAUAUACAUAUAUAAAUGUGUCAAAGACCUCAAGAUGAGAGAAAUUAUCAAUACACCAUUAGUUUUUUAUACGUUUUAUUUAUAUGUAAAUUGUUUCAAAAAGUGCAAGAUUACACCCUACUUGUUCAUUUUCACUGGGGGAUUGCCGUUUUGUUUUGAUAUAUCAACACAAUUAUAUUGACUGCACCAAUAAUUGCCAAUGAUUGUUGAAAAUAAGUUUGAGGAGAACACUUUGAACGAUCUCUUCCAAUUCUAUUCAGUUACUAAACGGUAAUUGAUUUCUAUUUUAUUCAAUUUGGACGGCAGUCAAUGCUUAGCUACUUCGACCAACCCCCAUGCGUUGAUUUUAGAAUGCUCGUUCCAGUUGCCUAUUGCUGUGUUUCUUCAGUACUUCGAUAUUCCUUAAACCUUAACAUAUAGUCAGUCAAUUGAAAAAGUUAUACAAAAUUGUUCAACAAUCGUUUUUUUUCAUAUUUGCAUAUAUGAGAGGUGUUCCGAGGAACUGUGCAGUGGUAUUACUGAAGAGUCCAAACUCCACCUGCGCCGAUAAUCGCUUGGCGAGAGAAGCAACUUGCAAAUGCAUACAAUUUUUGAAUUAGCAUGAUUGUGCAGGCCAAUCCGGCGUAAUCUGCUUACAUUCUGUGCAGAGCCGGUCACGAUUUUUGAUGUCAUUCUGCCAAAUCCAGUUCUCGCUUUUUUGUAACGGAUUGCCAUCUGGCAAUCGAUAACAAUGCUUUCGUUUAAAUUUCAACCAACCCUUUGAUGAGAAGCAGCUUCCCAGAUGCAUGAUUGAAAGUGCGCAAGCAAGUGGUACCGCCACAGAACCACAAAAAGAAAUUUUCUCGGAAGAAAAACAUGUCACUUCAGUCGGGGUUAGUAUUUUCUUGUGCCCAAGCAAGCGUAAAGCAAUCCAAUCGACACGAAUACACAUGACUUCAAAUUGCUCUGGCCAUGAGUAUGAGCUAGAUAUAUUGAAACUUAAAUUAGCUAUAAUUGAUCAGCCGCACAGAGUAGCCAAUAUAUUGGUGACAUCCGUACUUUUUUGCCCACACAUUAGUAAAUACGUGAAGGCUUCUAUAGCAACUUUUGACUGUAUGGAUGGCUACAGAAAUUGUUUUUCCAUUUUGGUCUUACCAGUAGGAUUUCGCGAAGAUUUGUGAAGAUGUCCUUAUUUGGAGCCUAUGACGUGUACAGAUAAGUUUAUCAAAUUCAUUCUCAAAUCCGUACCCACGAGUGCAUAAAUUACAUAUUUGGUCAAUUGUGUUCCCUUUGUCAACUGUGAAUGUUGCCACUGUUUAAAUUGACUAAUUUAUAGUAGGACAAAAAUAUAUAUGGGCGUCAGGAUACAUUUUCACAUUUCUAAAAUUUCUGUCAAAAAAAUUAGUUACUGGGUAACCUUAUAGCCUACAGCUCUAACUAUAAUGGACGUAAGGCACCUUAUAAGAUAUCCUUCAUUCGCCCUAAGGAAGUGAACUUAGCUUACCAGUCAGAAACUUCAAUCGAUGAACUUAAGACACCGUUCAAGUUUUCACAAAUGGCCAUAGAUGGUGUAGUUUCAUUUCUAGUUUGUUUUGGGGUAUUUGCCAUGAUUUCUCAAACAAGCAUAGCGGGACGAAUCUUAAUAUUCAAAUUUCACCAUCGUAUAAUACAGGAUGACAAAACAAUUUAAAAUCUCAAACAACAUAACCCCUCCUUCCAUAAGAUCGUACCAUCUGAACCCGGGAGCUUAAGUUUGAGCGAAUCAAUAUAGGUCACUCGGUACAUUUCCAUACAGUCAUGAAAAACUUAAGGCGCCGUGGGCCUAUUAUAUGUAGUUAGUCCUAAUCAACAACACCUAAUGUUGCGCAAUUGAUAAGUUCACAGGAACGGGACAAGCUCAAGAAGAAAAACAUUAUCUACAAGAACUGCCUCGAAAAUAUCAUGAUGUCUAUCCUUUCCAUCAUUAUUAACGGAACAACAGGCAAGGUCCGGUCUGUCCUGCUUUAAUAACGAACUCCAAACAUUCGUGGUUUGCACCAAAGUCCACCAAUUCGAUAUCCCUAGCAAAUGUCUGGGAUCCUGACUUAUGCCGUUGCUCCAACUGAGAUUGGGUCUGCCCCGUCUUCUUAUUCGACAACAGAUAUUAUCCAUAUAGACUUUCCGGCUGGAUCAACUUCACCCAUACGGAUUAAGUGAGCCGUCCACCAGCCUAUUCAACUGCAUACAGCAACUGGUAGUGAUGUCGCUCAUAAAUCUCUUCGUUGUAUGAGCUACAAAAUCGUCCAUCCUCUUCUAGAGGACCAAAAAUUCUUUGGAGAAUUCGUCUCUCGAACGUGGCUCUUCCUUUUACUUAAAAUCUGUUGAAAAGAGGCACAGAAAUUGCAUGCCUAGGGAGUGAAAUAAACCUGAAUUUGAAAUAAGUGGCCUAAAUUUUUCGUUUUUUUUUAAAAGUACUUGAUUGCUCGUCAUUUGGAAAAAGUGUAUUAGUCGGUUACCAUUCACUUUUUGCAGUUCCCCUAUUCUCCCUGUGUCAAAUUUCGUUGAUUCUCAUUUUCUUUCACACGAAACCAAGCUUAACUUUGCAAUUGAAAAGCCAAGUCGAAAGACUUUGGUGAGAAUCAUUUGAAAAAAGGGUCCAAAACGUUAAUCAUUUUGUGAAAAAAUUAAGAAAUAUAUAUAUACAUGUAUAUCAUAAAACGUGAUAAGAGAAAUAUAAAAAAAAUUAUUUAAAUAUUGAGAAGUAAAAUGAAAAAAGAAACUUAUUUUUGAAAGAAGAAACAAUUCAAACUUUUUCCUCUUAUAUUUUACACAAUUGUUCUACGCUAAUCUAAGAAUCUAAGGCUUAUUGAAAACCAUCUAGAAACAAAUUAAAUUCAAGAUAAACCAUACAAUCCGAAACCUCUCAUCAUCAGAUCAUAACUAAGCCUCUAACAUGCGAUUCAAUUAGACAAAAAAAGAUAAAACGCAACAGAGGAUAUUUAAGAAACGAAGACAAAAAUAUUAAUACGCAAAUUUCAAAAGCAGAACAUUAUGUAAAUGUAUGGAAAAGAAUGAAAUAGCAAACGCGGUAGCUAAAUAUAAUUAGAAGGCAUCAAACUAUUAUCGUGCUUGCAAACAUGCUUAAAAGUAAGUGCGGACGAGAGAAUAGGCUUUGAGUUGAGUGUUUUUUGUGAAAUUCAAUCAAAAUUGCGUAAAAAUCAAAUAAUUGUCACGACCUUAUAGGUUGCGCAAAAUUAUGUUAAUUGAUUAUUUGUUCAUAAAAGAAUUAAACUUGAUAUUUUUCCUUUAUGUUUUCUUGUACAAACGCCUUUGACUCGACUACACCUUAUCUUAUUUUCUCGCCCCUUGAGCACUUUUGCUUUAUUACUACAAUUUCUUCAUUAAUCGCGUACAUCAUGUUUGUAUAUGGUUUAUGAUUUUAAAAUUAUCUCAUGUAUGUAAUAUGCUUUUUAAGAAUGCCCCAGUUAAGAUUAUAAAUCACACAAAUGUUUUUUAUCACUAUUAUUACUUUUAUUAUAUUGAAUAUCUAAAAAAAAUAUUUUUAUUAUUAUGAAAUACAAACGAUGACGACUCGUAUUACUAUUACUAUAGAAUUUAUAUUCUACUAUAUUUCUUAGAUGAACACAACAUGAUAGGAGAGAACGAAAUAAGAGUUAAGUUUAAUUUUACCACACAACAACAAAACAUAAAUAUAAUGAUAAUAAAUGAAAGGAAAAAUAAUUGAGGUUGGAAAAAUAAAAGUGAUUUUUAUUUUUGUAUUUUUGAUUUUCAUCCAGGUUGAUUGCUGAUCUCAAUAUUUGUUCAAUACGCUUUGAGUUUGCUCUUCAGUUGGUUAUUUUAUGAGAAAUAUUCUGAGUACUAAAUGCAUGCAUGCUUAUUUUGCCGAAAUUUCGUAAAAUGAAGCAAUCCUGACAUACAAACUGAUCGUAAAUUUUGCAGUUAUAUACAAUUUAUGAUGAUAGAAAUACUUCCAAGAUAUGAACAUAUCACUUGAAAGCUCUAAUCCAUCAUCAAUGAUUCUCUAUAACAUGUCAUCGCAGUAUCUUUGUCUCAGACAAUAUCCGUCAUCGGAGCUUCCAAGCUCGACACAAUCUUGAUCGAGUAUCUGCUCUGGUCUACAGGUUCGGCGUAUCGAUUGAAAAAGGGAAAGUUGCAGUGGAAAUGUCACACCUUAAGAAAUGGGAAUAAUUUCAUUGUUUGCUAUGCUAGAAGUGGAACUCAUCAUCCGGCAACGAAGGACGAAUGGGUCGUCGGUCCACCUCCUGGCCCAGAGUACUGAAUUCUUACGGAGUAUUGUAGGAAGCUGAAUCAAGAAGAAAGGCGUAGACAUUGGCAACUAUGCCAACCCACCAUUAAUAUGAAGUUUUUUUGAAUGUUGAGUAUUAAGCCAUAAUCUAAAACAAUGGUACCCCUCAGCAUUUUGAUUUUGUUGACUAUAGAACGAAUAUAAUUAUCCUCCUGAUAUGCGUAUAAACCAUAGUUAACACACAUUUUGUGUCCAGGGCUCUGAAGAGCGUUACUGACUUUUUUCCAUAAAUUUUAUUGGCUCAGUGAAGUCAAAGACGGAAAUCAAGUUCGUCUCCAAUCUUGUCUUUCGAGUUCCCUAACAUAUUUUGUUUGACUCAAACAAAAAAAAUUCGAUUUAUUCGAUUUUGAAAAAGCAAAGGCCGUUCUUGGGACUGACACACCCCCACAGCAUGUAUAUUUUCAAAAAUACGAUUACAUAGCGACUGGGAAAGCCUGCUAAUUUCGACAGAAGAGAUUUGUUUUGUAAAUGAUGAAUUCUGAGUAUCUUCAUAAGAAAAUGUCACACAGAUCAAAUCUGGUGACCAAUGUUACGAUGGUAUUGUGCCGGGAUAUGUUUUUUUCUCAAAGCAACUGUUCCGCUGCAUCCAUGGACACAUUAACAGUAUGAGCUGUAAACUAGUCCCGGUGGAAUCACAAAUAAAGUAUUCUAUAGUUCCUCACAAGAAAGGUCAUCUAUCAUCUCCACACUUUUAUCUAAAACUACAGUUACAGUUUUGUCAAAUUUACUAUCGGAAAAAAUGAAUUCAUAUGAAGGUAAGUGCGAAAAUUGCACACCAUAUUGUAACCUGUAAGUUUUCUAGAUGACUUCAUGAUUAGAUUGCUGGGAUGUCACAGUGGCAGGUCAUGGUUGAAUUCUCACUGGUGACAGAGGCGUUUGUGUGGGGACUAGAUAUCGGAUGCCAGUCGAUUCAGAAAAGAAUGAGUACUUGACCCAUAUCAGGCUAAUAAUCACGGGUGAAGGCAAUGCUAAUAGCCUACUGUCGUCCUGUAGUGUACUGUAACGGUAUUGAAUGAUGUAUUCUAACACGCUCCAAGGCCCAAAUCCAACUGCACUCUUGCCCCAAUUAUCAUUAUUAUUAUACUUUAACUCUAGGUCUUUAUAAAGAAGGAGGUUGAUCAAUGGUCACGCUACGACGGAAAAUACAUAGUUUUGUCUUCCCUACUACUUCAUAAUUACUAACAAAUUCUCAGUGCUUGCACUUUCAAUGUGUGGCCUAGCGUUUCGUGUGGCGCGUCCAGAAACCACGUUCAUUUCAAUUUUGGGAUCUGCCGCUGAAGAUCAUCAUCAUUACAAAAUUUGGAGCUCCUGAGAUAAAUUCAAGAGCAGUUUUCAUCAGUCAGUUGCUAAAAUUAGUAAUAUACUGUUAUGAAUUUAAUUUGAGCAGAUUUACUUCAUAAAGUUCAUCUAAGUUCGGGCCCAAGAUGAAAAUUAUAUGGGAUCGGUGAGAAAAUUAUUUUUAUUUGUGUUCCGGGCUCCUGAGAAAACCACCAAUUGGGAAUCUUUUAAACCCUUCGCGGUAAAAAUUCUAUGGUUGCUCAUGUAAUUACUAAAGCACAAACGCCUCCACCAUUGAAACUCAGUCCUUCAAAUGGUUUUUUGAGAAGCCAAAAGUAUCAAAAUUCUGGUUCUGAGCUUUAUGCCUUAGCAUUUCUCAUCGUAGAAUGUCGAAUUGUUGUCUGGUAAACUUCGCGAUUGCAUCCUUCUUUUUAUCGUGGGAAUUAUCGUUUCUCAUAGUACGAAUUGUGUUUGUCCCUCCCUGUGAGAAUUAUUGCAUCACAUAUAAGAGUUUGUCCUGCCUACAAUCAUUCGAAAUAUUUCCUCAUCCCGGUACCCUACGCAAAUGUUUAUUAAGCCGCUUCUACAUUAUUAAGUGAUGCAUGGUCUGGAAUUUAGAGAAGACUAAUUGCAGGAAUUAAGUGAGCUUAUGUAUGUCACGUUCUAAAAACAACAUAGUCUAAAUAGUGCCUGCUAUGGGGACCAAGUACUAGACAGUUAGGCUUCAAUGGUCUCACCUAUAAAAAAAAUAUCUACUUUUCGUAAUUUGGUCUGUGAUAGGUUAUCAAAUCGACGUAUUAGGAAUUCCUGGCAACAUCAAACCCGUAUGCAGAAUGGCGUUCUUCUGGUUUCUGGUUUGAGGCAGACUGUGAGAGUCCCACGACAUUUGGAGGAACUAAAUGGAAUUUAGUUACAUAGCCCCGACUCACAUAAGCCAAAUUUCUUUAAUUACUCGAGGAAAUGGUUCACAAUUCCCCCUUCCCCUGCACAUAUUUCCGUGCAAUAUUGCCAUCAUGAGAGAGAGCAACAUCGAAAGGUAAAGCGUCUAUCACAAUGACAGGUUUAUUGUAUGAUAUAUGGUGACUACUGGAAACUUUCCAGCACCAAUACAUGGAGUAAGCAGAAUUAUCGUCUCCGUGUGGUUCAUACUGGCAGACCACGUCUCUGUGAUAAGCCUAGAUUUGACUGGAAGGUUAUGAUGAAUAACCUUACAUAAAGCAUUGCGUCAGAGUAUUGCUAGAAAUCAGGCAGUCGGCAUAGAAUCAGUCAGCAAUCUACUUCACAAGUAGUUGCAUCCUAGAUAGAAAUAGAAAUGAGUCGGCUUGGCGAUAAUUUCCGUCGCUACGUCAACCAACCCCCUCGGAUAUCAUGGGGCAAGUUCAUCUGCUCCACCGCACAAUUUUAUAUAUUAAAAAUUCUACACCUGGUAGGGUGGUCCCUUCAAUUUUCCGCACUGUUUUUGGCUCUUCAAAUAUUUUCAGUAAUAUUUAAAAGUUCAUGCCCCGGAUAGCGUCAUGGUGGAUCUCAUUCGCAGUUAUUCACUCCGUAUACUUAAAAUACUAAAAACAAACAAACUCCAUGCAAUUCCACAUGGUUUGACUACUACACGUUCAUGUUGUCACCCUCUUGAAACCCGAUGAAAACUCAUGGAGGCCACUCCCCUUAACAAUUGACUAUUGCUCGGAAAUGUAUAUUUAAUUUGAAAACAUGCUGUGCACAAUUAGUAACACUACGAAAGGAAUAUAUCUCACAUUUUGAUUUUCCUUACUUUAGAAUUGAAUAUAUUUAAUUAUUUUUUGGUUUCAUUUUAUCUUUAAUUUAGUCAUUGAGUUCUAUUUCUAUUUUAACGACUCUAACUUUAAAAAUAAGGCGAAAACGAGACAAACUAUAAAACAAGAAUUUAUUACGCUACCAAACGUGAACAUUUCGACUUCGUAUUGUGAUUUCAUGCGAAUAGAUUCUGAACAACUCAAUCAUAGGUUUACAAAGGAAAAAUCCCCAUUCGGAAUCUGUGAAAUUAAGUUACAAAAGUUACAUAGUCAGAAAGUAAAAGAAGGAGCAAAAAGGAAUUUUUUAGAAAAUAUAUACACUUAAAACUAGCGCCUUUCAAGGGGCUCUCGACGCGCGACUAAUUAAGGAUCUAAUUGACGCUAGUAAAUUUUCAUACACAUUUGCAGUGUAUUGCCUAGAAUAAAUUAUAAACACGUUAGUAGUAAAAAGUAAAAACGGGCCGUAACAAUGGCGAUGACGAUGGUGAUGACAACCAGUUGUGAAAUUGAGUAAUUUCAGUUUCUAUAGUACGAACACACUCAAGCAUUUAUAGGAUAUUACUGCUACUCCUGCAUUUCUACAUAAAUCUUAAUCUGCUUUUAUUCGUGCUAAAAUCGCUAAAUUCUAGUUGCUAAUUGACUUCGUUCUGUGUAUUCUAUCGUACUGUACUCAUACCGCAAUCUUUCGCUAUCAAAUUUUCAUAUAGUAGUAGAUAUAUACUAAAUGCUGGGAUCGAUGUGUUGGUAGUUUUCUGUUCUUUGUUUAGAAUACAUGUGCACAGGACUCCUUCCAGAAGAUAGCGUUCUGUCGGGUAAAUAUGCAAAACUAGCUAACAAAAAAAAUGAGUCCUUUAUUUGUGGAAGUUUUCCUCUUCAAUGUCACGAUUAUUGCAUUAUUACAAGCUCUACUCAUGAAAAAACUUGCGAAAGGACACAUAAUGACGUUAUGCAUUGUCAGUACAUGCUUCCUUCGCAAACAUGGAUUAAUUUGCAUUGAGACUGAAAGAAACUAGUUCCCGAAAUAUGGGACAUACAUAUUUGUCGAGGAUGAUAGAUUUUCUCCAACAAGAGGAGGGACCAUUUUUUCCUUUUUUGUUGGGUCAAAUCCACAUCCUAGCAGAAAACUUUCAAUAAUUAUAAGGCUCCCCCGCUUAAUUCCCAUCUACAUCCUUUUUUUCAAGGCCACUGUAUGUAUAUUGUCAUAAAAACUCGAACACGGCUCAAUACAUUCGGUCCAAAUGGUGCUGAAAUACGACCAUCGUAGUCCGUAAUGUUUCAAUUCCAUUCGAAACAUUUAUUUUUAUUGUAAUUUAUAAUAUAAAGAGCGGAACCCAUAAGCAAGUAAGAUAAGUCCACACAUCCCAGUCCGGAAAUGCAUGUGGAAUUUAAUUUACCUCAUAGUAAUUAAACCGUUUUACUUUAUAUAGUGGUAUUUGGCCACGAUGUCCUUUGCAGUAGUGUAUUGUCCGUAAAAUAUAUUAAGCCACACCAAUCUGCGUUUAUAAUAAAUUGUCCUGUUGCAUGUUAGUCGUUCAUCGUUUAUUGAAAUUCAAUGGAGUAGUGAUUCCCUAUGUACUCGUGUGUAUUUAUUAUUCAGAAAGUAGUAAUGAUUUCAAUUAUCCGGAAAUUGACAGAAGUGUUAUCCAAGUGCCCUUUCUAAUUAGGAGGAGCAAACUGCAACCUAAUGUAGUGCAAUCAGCCGGAGUGCUCAUUAGGUAAUGGUAAUGUUGAUAGCAGACGGCAAUCCAAUGAAGUCCUUCCAUCCGCGUCCACAAUAGCAAGGUUUCUUCACCCACAUAUAUAAUUACAAUACCAUACAUAUCAAACAUUUUCUAUCUUGAUUAUGAACGGGUGGCAUUCAAAUUACUCCAGAACCACCAGCAAACCUAUGAUUACCUCCUCCCCAAGCGGCGCGCAUUAUGUAAUCAAUCAGAAAACAGAAAGUACCAGGACUCGCCAACUAUUUACCUAACUAACGUAUUUUUCAUAUUCUCACGAUAUCUUUACACAAGUAAUAUUUCAUAAAUCCACUCUAUAAAUGAGUAGCUUCACCUUCUUAAUCUCUAAACCGUAAUCGCUAAAGUAUUUCACAUGUAAAAAUUAUAUAAAAUCGGUGUAAAGCAAGCAAACAAAAACAAUGCAAAUGCAAGUAAGCAAAUAUUUAUAUUAAGAGAACAAAGGAAAACCAUUGUUAUAAUCAAUUAUUUAUCUAUUUGUUUUCCGUGUAGCUCAAAUGUUCGAACUGAAUAUAUUUAGAUUAUUUUUAUUGUGAAGACAGUUAAAUAUUUUUAUUAACAAGAAAAUUAAAUAUAAAUAAAAGAUAAAGAUUAAAAUGGUACUAAAAGAUAAAAACAUGCAAAUAUUAAAUAAAAAAACAAGAGUUGAUUAUAUUUAUGUUUUGUUAUUUAGGAAAAAAUAUCAAGAGAAAACAAUUUAAACACAAUCAACUUAUUUGUGCAUCGAUAUACGAUGGGCAGAUAUGAAGUCAAUCAACCUAAAUAUAAAUAAAUAUAAAAACCAAUUGAUAAAGAAAUCUACACGCAAACAAAAACCUAACAAAUCAACAUACGGAAAAUAUCUAUUUUUAAGAAAUCAUUACUUAACGUAUAUGCAGAAUAUUUUAAAACAAACACUGAAACAAAACGGUUAUUUAAUAUGUAGCCAAGAAAUCAAGAUCAGUAGAAGCGCAAAUAAGGUGUGAAUUGUGGACAAAACAAAAGAAAAGAAAAACAACAAAUCUUAAAAAAUUAAAUAUAAAUAACAAAAAAAAAUCACUGAUAAUGAAAUGAAUUUUUUCAGACAAUCCUCGAGUAAUAUUUAAUGGUAAUUAAAAAGAGAAUAUAAAUAAAAAAGAAACUUUUAAAAACCAGAGUAAGAAGAAAAAAUAAAACAAUUAGAAAAUAGCAUUAAAUGAAAAGGAAGGUAACAAGAACAAAUCAAUUUAGAUUAAUGUCAUGCUAUUAUUAUUAUUAUGUAAAUGCUAUAGAGAAAAAUAAAAAUAAUAAUUGAAAAAAGAAAACAAA